AUGCUAGCUCUAUUUCCCGAAGUUGAAGAAUCAACAAUCUCUAAGGAAGUUAUGGGGGAGCUGCCAGAAAUGGUUGCUGUAGUCACAGAGGCGGAACCAUGGACCCUCUACUUCGAUGAGUCUUCUACAUCGAAAGGUGCAGGAGCAGGUGUAGUGCUUAUCAAUCCCGAGGGGCAAGCCACGACCCUCUCAUUCAAGCUAAAUUUCUCAUGCACAAAUAAUACGGCGGAGCACGAGGCCUUCAUCAUGGGGAUGUCUACAGCAAGGGAGAGGGGUGUUGAAAGAAUUAAAAUUAUUGGGGACUCAAACCUAGUGCUCAGUCAAUCACAAGGGAAUUUCACUGUGAAAGAGCCAACAUUGGCGCCGUAUCGUACAGCUGCUGAAAGGCUUGUUCGUUCUUUCAAACAAGUAGUGUUAGAACAUAUUCCCGGGGUUACUAAUAGAUAUGCUAAUGGGUUGGCCACUUUGGGAUCGAAGCUUUCAUUUGUUGAAGAACAACCCAAUAUUGCCGUGAUCAAGAAAGACAUGCCAGUGAUCGAAGCAAUGGCUCAAGAGGAGCAACUGGAAGAGGAUGACUGGAGGAAGCCUGUGAAAGAAAAAAAUAGGCAAGGGAAGUGA